AUGACUGCCAAAGAUCACCCAUCACUAUGUGGCUUUGGAACAACAAAAACAUUUAACAUUCCUGUUGAACAUUUGGAUUUCAAGUAUAUUGAAAAAUGUUCGGACAUUAAACACCUGGAAAAAAUUCUUUAUGUGCUCAGGUCUGGUGAUGAGGGAUAUUAUCCUGAACUUACAGAAUUUUGUGAAAAGCGCCUUGGAAGCUUAGCUCCUGGAAGUAGAGCUCUGAGGAAAGAUAAACCUGCAGCGACAGCAUCCAGUUUUACAACAGAAGAAUGGGAAAAAAUCGAUGGUGAUAUAAAGAGUUGGGUAGCAGAAAUACAAAAAGAAGAAACUAGAAUGCAGUUUCAGGAAAGUGAACCAUUUCCAGAAGUGAGAGAUCAUUUGCCUCCAGUUCGUGGUUCCAACAAUGAUCUUCAUGGCUCCAAAAAGCUGCGUCAGAAGUCCAAAAGUGCUGGGCGUCGGGUGAAACAAGACUAUGAUGAACCAGUAAGAUUUGAUGUGGAACAGGAAUGUUCAAAAAUUGAUGAAGAUUAUAAAGAAAAGAUUGUAAUAGACAACAAGUCACAUUUAUCUAAAAUUGGGACAAGAGUAGAUACAGCAGGUCUCACUGAGAAGGAGAAGGGCUUUCUUGCUACACGUGAAAAAGAGAAAGGAAAUGAAGCUUUCAACUCAGGAGAUUAUGAGGAGGCUGUCAUGUAUUAUACGAGGAGUAUAUCUGCGCAUCCUACUAUAGCCGCUUAUAACAAUCGAGCUCAAGCAGCAAUCAAAUUGCAGAACUGGAAUAGUGCUUUUCAGGACUGUGAAAAGGUCUUAGAGUUAGAACCUGGAAACAUAAAAGCCCUUCUGCGCCGGGCCACUACUUAUAAACAUCAAAACAAGCUUGAGGAGGCCAUGGAAGAUUUGAGAAAUGUACUGGAGGUUGAACCUGGUAAUGAUUUGGCCAAGAAAAUCUUGUCAGAGGUUGAAAGAAAUAUGAAGAAUUGUGAACCCACAUCUAAGCCCCAAAACAAAGGGAAAAGGAUGGUUAUUGAAGAAGUAGAAAACUCAGAAGAUGAAAACAGAACGAAGAGUGGAAUUAAACAUGAAGAUGGCAAUGGAGAUAAAACUACUCAGUUAUACCACUCAAGACCACACUAUUGGCUGCUCCUCCUUUGGAUCUUUGCUAUUGGCUACUCCUUUCUUGCCAACAUCUUCCUAGUUUCUGAGGCUGGCUCCACGUGCGCCCCGCCCCCGGCGCCCGCCCCCGCCCCCGCCCCCGCCCCCGCCGACCCCGCGGGCCUGAAGAACCAGGGCAACGCGCAGUUCCGCGGCGGGCAGUUCGGGGAGGCGGCGCGCAGCUACUCUGCGGCGAUCGAGCAGCUGGAGCCUGCAGGAAGUGAAAGUGCGAGUGAUCUAAGUAUCUUAUAUUCAAAUAGAGCCGCGUGUUACCUAAAAGAAGGAAACUGCAGUGGCUGCAUUCAAGAUUGUAACAGAGCCCUGGAACUCCAUCCGUUCUCCAUGAAACCUCUUCUACGGCGAGCCAUGGCCUAUGAGACACUAGAGCAGUACGGCAAGGCUUACGUGGAUUAUAAGACGGUGUUGCAAAUAGACUCUGGACUCCAGCUAGCAAAUGACAGUAUUAACAGAAUAACAAGAAUCUUAAUGGAGCUGGAUGGACCAAAUUGGCGGGAGAAAUUGUCACCCAUUCCUGUGGUGCCCACCUCACAGCCACUUCGAGCAUGGUAUCCUGAGCCACAGACCAACCCCAGCCAAGAAAGGGUCUCUAGCAGCCUCGCCUCAGCCAGCAUCUCAGAUGAAGAAAUAUUUAAAGCCCUUAAGGAAGAAGGAAAUCAAUAUGCAAAGGACAAAAACUAUCAAGAUGCUCUUAGUAAAUACACUGAGUGCUUGAAGAUUAACAGUAAGGAGUAUGGCAUCUAUACAAAUAGAGCUCUGUGUUACUUGAAGCUGUGCCAGUUUGAAGAGGCCAAGCAGGACUGUGACCAGGCGCUUCAGCUGGAUGGCGGGAACGUGAAAGCUCUCUACCGGCGAGCGCUGGCUCUCAAAGGGCUCCAGAAUUAUCAGGAAAGCUUAGCUGACCUCAAUAAAGUUCUCCUACUAAACCCAAAUAUUGCUGAGGCCAAGAUGGAACUGGAAGAGGUGACCAGAUUCCUGAAAGAUAAUACAGCACCAUCCAAUAAAGGAAAAGAAAGACGGAAAAUUGAAAUUCAAGAGGUGAAUGAAGGCAAUGAAGAGGACAGGACAAAGAAAGAAAACCCAGAGGUGGCUUCCACAGCCCGCCUGGCUUCCGAGCAGAGGGGUGGGUGCACCGGGCCCCCAGAACGCUCUGAGCCUCUUCGUGUCUCCAAGCCCAGCAACGCCUACGAGUUUGGCCAGGUUAUAAAUGCUGUCAGUACCAGGAAAGAUGAAGAAGCCUGCGCACACCUUUUAGCCAUCACUGCACCAAAGGCCUUGCCAGUGCUGUUGAGUAACAAACUCGAAGGGGAUAUAUUCCUUCUCCUAGUUCAGUCUCUGAAAAAUCGUCUUCUUGCUAAAGAUCCUGCCUUGGUAUAUCAGCAUCUUUUGUAUCUAAGCAAAGCAGAUAGGUUUAAGAUGAUGUUGACACUCAUUAGCAAGCGCCAAAAGGAGCAAAUCGAACAGCUACUGGACGAUCUUUCAGACACACCAAACAACCAUUUUUCUUUAGCAGAUGUACAAGCCCUGAAGAGACAGUAUGAGCUGUAACUCAGUUACUGACGAUCCUUCCAUGCAUGUCCACAGUCCAGCAGUGCUCAUUAAAUGGUACCAUAAUAGUCGCAUGGAUUAAACCGGGAGUACAGGAGCCCGCCCCUUGGCCUAUCAGACAUUCGACUUAUUUUUAUAUAUAAAACAUGUAUAUUCUAUAAUCUGCUUUUUAUUAGUUGUAAAUAUUUUCUUAUAUACCAGAACCAUAUCUUUAUAUUUCAUAAGUAUAUUUGGGACAUGUUAAAAAUACAUUUUAAUUUAUAGCACACAUUUUCUUUGAUAACUUGCCUGUUAAAUAUUUCACUUAAACAGCAUUUGUUUUAGACUGUGGAGUCCUCUUAAGCUUUGAUGGGAAUAAAUUUAAAAUUUUCUUUUAAAACUGAAAGUCAUUAAGUGACUAUUAUGUCACUUUAUAUCCAAAGUGUCCCAUUAUAUAAUUCUAGUAGAGUUUAAUCAGUUAAAACAUGAUGCGACUCUGAAGUCUACUAUAAUCUGAUUAAGUUUAGCACCACAAGAGGAACUUAUUUUUUCUAAUAAUGGACAAUUGCUUAAUGAUUAAGAAUAAAAAUUGCCAAAAGUUUCUAUCACUUUUUAUAUUUUAAAAAAUGACUUUCUUAUAUAUUGCUUAUAUAAACAAGAUAACCACUACAUAAAAGCAACUAACCCUGCAUUUGUCUGAAUUGUCACCUUCAUGUUUUUUUCCAUUUAAAUGUGCCCUCUGCCUUUGUUUUCUGCUUUCAUGACUAUAUUUAUUGCUUUACUAUAAAAAGGGAAAUGAACUUAUAUUGCAAACUGUUUUGUUAACUGGGUAGAAAAAAGGUUAUUUCUUGCAAUAAAUCUUUAAGAUCCUAAAUCAGUGUACAGUCACUUAUUCCUGUAGUCUGUGGCCAAUUCCUGUAAUGAAAGAUUAGCAUCACUUUG